AUGUAUCAGUCCUUACUCGUGGCCGGCGCCUUCGCCGCGUCCUUGGCCUCUGCCUUGCCGUCUCUCGGCUCUCUCCCCGAGCCCAAGUUGUUCCCUCGUGCUGCCUGCAGCGGCAACACCGCCAGCACGAGGAGCGAGUGGUGUGACUACUCCGUCGACACCGACUACUGGACCGAGGCCCCCGACACCGGCGUCACGCGCGAGUACUGGCUCGAGCUGACGGACGUCACCGUGGCCCCCGACGGCGUCUCCCGCUCCGCGAUGGCCGUCAACGGUUCCAUCCCCGGCCCUACCCUCUUCGCUGACUGGGGUGACACCGUCACGGUCCACAUCACCAACUCCCUGACGACGUCCAACAACGGCACCAGCAUCCACUUCCACGGCAUCCGCCAGAACUACACAAACCAGAACGACGGCGUCAGCUCCAUCACCCAGUGCCCUACCGCCCCCGGCGACACCAUCACCUACACCUGGAAGGCCCUGCAGUACGGCUCGACCUGGUACCACUCCCACUUCGCCCUGCAGGCGUGGCAGGGCAUCUUUGGCGGCAUCGUCAUCAACGGCCCUGCCACGGCCAACUACGACGAGGACCUCGGCAUGCUCUUCCUCAACGACUGGGACCACCAGACAGUCGACGAGCUCUACUCCACCGCCGAGACCAGCGGCCCCCCGACCCUCGACACCGGCCUCAUCAACGGCACCAACGUCUACGGCGACGACGACUCGACCUCUCAGACGGGCUACCGCUACAACGUCACCUGGACGUCCGGCACGUCCUACCGCAUGAGGCUCGUCAACGCCGCCGUCGACACCCACUGGAAGUUCUCCAUCGACAACCACACCAUGCAGGUCAUCGCCUCCGACCUCGUCCCCAUCACCCCCUACGACGCCACCGUGCUCGACAUCGGCAUGGGCCAGCGCUACGACAUCAUCGUCACGGCCGACCAGGCCGACACGGCCGACACCUUCUGGAUCCGUGCCAUCCCUCAGGCGGCCUGCUCCGACAACGACAGCACCGACAACAUCAAGGGCAUCAUCUCGUACACGGGUACCAUCACCACCCCGACGACCACCGGCUACUCCUACACGGACAGCUGCGACGACGAGACGGACAACCUCGUCCCCUACGUCUCCAAGACCGUCUCGGACGCCAACUGGGACGAGCUCGAGAGCGCCACCGUCGGCAAGAACACGGCCGGCCUCUUCAAGUGGUACCUCAACAGCACCAGCAUGCUCGUCGACUGGGCCAACCCGACCCUCGAGGCCAUCGUCAACGGCACCACGAGCUGGGACACGGAGGAGGCCGUCAUCGAGCUCAGCGAGGCCGACCAGUGGGUCUACUUCGUCAUCGAGACCACCCUCGCCGUCCCGCACCCCAUCCACCUGCACGGCCACGACUUCUUCGUCCUUGCCCAGGGCACGGGCACCUACUCGAGCUCCUCCGUGACGCUCAACACCUCCAACCCGCCCCGCCGCGACACGGCGAUGCUGCCGGCCUCCGGCUACCUCGUCAUGGCCUGGGAGACGGACAACCCGGGCGCCUGGCUGAUGCACUGCCACAUCGGCUGGCACACGUCCGAGGGCUUCUCGAUGCAGUUCGUCGAGCGGUACAGCGAGAUCGCAGCCAUCACGGACAACACCACCCUCACCGACACUUGCAGCGCGUGGACCACCUUCCAGGAGGAGUACUCGAUCGAGCAGGAGGACUCUGGUGUCUGA